AUGGCCGACAAAUUCCCAGCAUUGGACUCAGAAAACCUCGAAACAGAAGACUUAGGAAGCUCCGACUUCUUGUCGCGUGAAAGCGAAUUGGUGGGCGAUGAAUUCAAAACCGAACAAGACCAAGAAAUCUUAGCAGAAAGCGACGACGACAUAAACGAUUUCAAAGAACAGUUCCCCGAAGUAGAAGAAGCAGGUCCUUCUGGUCAAAACCAACAUGCCCACGAAUCCGAAGAGGACGAGCAAUUUGAAGGUUUUGGUAACUCCACCACCCAAUUCGACGGUGAAUCCAAGCAUUUGAGUGAGUGGAAGGAACGUCGUGAUUUGGAGAUCUCCAAGAGAGAAGAGGCCAACUCCAAGAAGAAGAAGGACGUUGUUCAAAAAGCCCAACAAACCAUCGAUGAUUUUUACGACAACUACAAUAACAAGAAGGAACAACACUCUAAGGAGGUCUUGAAGGAACAGGAGCAAUACUUGGAAAAGAGAGACGGCUUCUUGAAAAGAGGUACCUUGUGGGACAGAGUCAACGAGUUGGUGACUGAGGUCGGCGACUUGCCUGAGAAUGAAGAUAGAGACAAGUCCAGAUUCACUGAGUUGUUGAAGAAGUUGAAGGGCAAGGAAAAAGCUCCAGGCGCAGGUGGUUACUAG